UGAUGCACAGGACUGGAAUUUCAUGCUAAACCGAAAAGGGUAAUCUGGAAUUAUUUCCUGCAAUUGAAUCUUUUGUGUGUGUUUGUGUGGAAAUUACACCAGGAAGGACAUCUACAGAAGGAGACAGCUUGCAUCUAUUUGAAGUGUUGCUUUUUAAAUUAUUAUCAGCACAGUAGUAACCUGGAUUAACACAUAUACCCUUUUAUAGCGUAAUGAUGCUUCACAACAUGGAUUUAAACUCACAGGAUUCCUUCUUCUCCCAGUACGAUGAUUGUCAUAAUAAUUCUUCAGAUGGGAUUGAAACACUAGGACCAGAGAUUAAUCAAAAACAUUUCAGCGAAGUGCAGAGGGAAUCACCUGCUCAGUUUAGUCAAGGUGCUACAGUGGAGCCCAAAAUUGAAACUUCCAACUCCGACUUCUUCUUUGACCCGAGAGAAAGCUCCAAUUGUGGAUUCCCUUCAUCCUUCAAUUACUCUGGCAGUUUCUAUGUGGAGACCUCCACGGGAGCCCCGUUCUGCGCCGAGACAUUACUCAACAUGAUUUCAGAAAUCGUUGGCAUUUCUACAUUACCAAUCUCCGAAUUCCAGCAGAAUCAACCCGAUACGGUGUAUUCUUCUGCCACCCGAAUUGACCCAAGUCAAGGGUUCUCUGGCCCCACUUUCCAAUGCCAGACUCCCGCGUGUUCUACAACGCCACCGCUAUACCCUCAGAAUCAGCUCUACCCCAGUUACCCCGACAUUCAGGUCAACCUUCACGUGCAGGAUUCUACGAUUACACAAGCUAACCUUGCAGCACAAACUCAAGAGUUAAACCAGAAGCCACUUUGCCCUCAGUCAGACAGCACAUCUUUCCCAGUCGUUGUGAAAAGCGAAUGCGAGACCAGUGUUUACGAAUGGGACUCCUUUACUAAGCCAGAAGUUUAUUUGCCGACAAACUUUGAAUCUGAAUUGUUCGGUAUCACAGGUAAUUGUUCAACUGUGAACCAGCAGGUGGAUUCAAAAGAUUUCCUUGAGUCUUUGUCCCCCGUAUGCCAUACCUCAAAACUCGAGGGCAAAUUAGAUGGCACACUUAGGCAGGACUUGUGUUUUCUUGAUACCCAGCAAACAUUCCAAAACCAAAUCUCCAAUAACUAUCAUUUGAGCGGCUUGGGCAACAAUAACAACUUGUUGAAACAAAGCACAUCUCUAGGGAUCCAAACUUUGACAAGCCAAUGUGACUUAGCACACACUUCGUCUUCUACACUACCCAGCGCGUUAGAUUCUCUUCUUUAUCCGUCUAUAGUACAUAAUACUUACGUAAAAAGUGGGUUAAGACUUGAGAAGCCGAUUCGUGCUAGGAAAAGCCAAACUAACUUAAGUGGGCCUCCCAAGGAGAAGCCGUUCUCGUGCCCCAUGGUGAACUGCGAAAGGCGCUUCUCCAGGUCAGACGAGCUUAACCGACACCUGCGCAUUCACACUGGCCACAAGCCCUUCCAAUGCCGCAUCUGCCUGAGAAGCUUCAGCCGUAGUGACCACCUAACCACCCACACCAGAACCCACACCGGGGAGAAACCGUUUUCCUGCGACGUCUGCGGCAAAAGGUUUGCCAGAAGCGACGAGAGGAAAAGACACGGCAGGGUACAUUUAAAACAAAAGGAGAAGGCGGAGCACAAACCCCAGUUCCUAAACGCUUUUUCUUUUUCUGUACCUGAAGGAAUUUGAACAGACAUAUUAUACUAUAAAUGCACGAGCAUGAUAUCAAAAUAGUUCCGUUUUGGAAGAUUGUAUGGUUUUGUGUAACAGACAAGGUGUGUUUACAAAAUGAAAAAAGAUAUAACCUACUUGAGUUGUCACAUCUGACAGAUGG